AUGCAUUGUGUCGCAACGGUUAUCUUUUUGUUAACCGUCGUCGAAGAUGUUGAACCGGCUUGGAACUCAGAGGAACUUGCCCUAUACGACUUGGUAGAAGAGAUCAAAGCAAAUUUCUAUGAUGUCUUCGGAAUCACGAAGGAGGCUUCCAUUGGAGAUAUCAAAAAAGCGUAUAGAAGGCUUAGUCUUGAGUGGCAUCCCGAUAGAAAUAGUGCGCCGGAUGCUUCGGAGAAAUUCAGACAGAUUGUUUCAAUAUACGAGAUUUUGAAGUCAACUGAGCUGAGGGAAAAAUAUGACAAUGUGUUGGAGUUUGGCUUACCUGAUUGGCGUCAGCCAAUCUAUUACUACAGGAAGAUGCGGAAGCUUGCUUGGUAUGAAGCUAUUAUUGUUCUCAUGGGUGUUUCAACUAUUGCUCAUUAUCUCAUGAUGUGGGCUGCUUACUACGAGAAGUACCUGGUUCUGAAACAGAAUCUGCGAAAGUCUCGCAAGCGUGACAAGAAAGGGGAAGCAGAAAACUCGAUGACUCAAUUACAUGAUGCUCUCGACGUUUUUCGCCCUCGAUUCCAUGAUCUACUGCCCUUCAUCGUGGCUAGAACGUCGUGGAACUUACUUAAGGCGAUUCCUUUCCUCAUACAAGAACAAUUGUCCCGAAAGGAUUUGGAAGUGAAGGAGGAGCAAAACCACGAAGUACGUCGCCCGGCGCCAACACCUCGUGUUCCAGAAUUUACUUAUGAGGUAGCGACUGAUCUGAAAGCAGUCAGUACCAAUAAUCCGGAGAUGUCUGCUAAGUACAUGAGUGAAGCUGAGGAAUCACAAAAAAAGCAGAGUGGAGCACCGUGGUCCUGUGAUGAACUUUAUCAGUUGCAUUUGAUCCAAAAUUAUAUUAUUUUCUGGGUUGUUUUGGGCACACCGAAUCGAUGGGAAUGUAUGGCUCGAGUUUUGAACCGAACCGCACAGGACGUAACUACAAUGGCAGGGAAAUUGAAGCAUAUGAAACAAGAGGAGUAUGAAAAGCUUGCAAUGGGCCAACAGUCGAAUGCUGUCGUAGAUAUUCGUAGCGGCAAAACUGAAGAAACCACUGGUAUCAGUUCUACAGCCAGUUCAUAUCAAGAAUGGACACAAACAGAGCAAAAACAGCUCGAAGCUGCUCUUCAGCAGUAUCCGAAGGGAUGCGAGGACAGGUGGGACAAAAUAGCGGCGGCUGUGCCCACGAAGUCAAUGGAACAGUGUCAGCAGAGACUGAAAGAACUAGUCGAACUUGUCAGGCGAAAGAAAGCCAGCAAAGCACAGUAG